AGCGGGAAAUAUUGCAGAUCGUAUCUUCUCGAUCUUUUUACUGCCCCAAAACGUAUUUGCCGAUUCCAAUCAAGCCCGGCUGAUUAUUAACCCUCGGCACACUUGACCUGCUGAGCUCAAGAGACAGACUUCUGUAAGAUUUCUAAAUCGUGUCCAGCCUCAAAACGUAUCGUUCGCGCGACCACAAAGAUACCGUCCGAUCACCAUCUCCCAUCUUCUUUGUCAACGCUGCAGGGCCUUGAAGAAUCAUAAAUUCGGGGUCAACGCCGUUUAGUUGUAGAGGACCAAAAGACCGCCUACCGUCAUGGCUUAUCUGUCGUCUCUCAGCACCCGUGAUCUAAACAUAUUGGAGAAAAUUCAGGAUCCAGAAUUCGACCCAUCCCAGACUGUGCAGGUAGAUUCAUCAUUACCCAAGGAUCCAAACGUCCAGAAUAUCACCGAGUAUGAGAGUAUUGCAGCAGAAGAGAAGAGGAUAAUAUUGGCGGUCCAGCAAGCCGAACUUCAGCUUGCUGGUCUGAGACCAAGGACGAACACAAACCCAGUCGACGCGUAUAAGGAGUGCCUAGCAGGACUGGGUACACUGCUCUCAUCAAAUCCAUCGUAUGGUAGUGCCAGGAACAACCGGGCGCAGGCGAGCCGGCGUCUGUACGGCGAUGGGAUGCUGGUUGCAGGAGUUGAGCCAUCCGAUAACCCCUUGAUCGUCGGUGGUGAUAGGGAUGAGAGGCUUUCUGCUGCAGGUCAGGCCUUGUCAGAUCUUGAGACCUGUAUAUCGCUCCUUUCACCAACCAGUCCGCAUGCACGCCUGUCUCCACACGCAGCGAAGACCCUGUCCCUUGCGCAUACGCAGAGGGCGGCGAUCUACCACCAGACAUCGAAAAUGCUUGCCAGAGGUGGUGAAUUAGAUGUUGAUCCGGCCAGGAGAGAGGCGUCUUGGAAGAGGCUUGACUUUGAAGAGGCUGCAUCGAUGGAUUUCGCUCUUGGGGGGAGGUACGGCAAUGAGAUUGCGAAAGGCUUGGCCGUCAGCACCAAUCCAACGGCGAAGUUGUGCGGACAGAUGGUCCGAGAGGCGAUGAAGAAGGAAUAUGGCCCGGCUUUUGGUGGAUAA